AUGCUGAACAAGUUGAAUCUGUUCAAGAAAAAGCCACAAAAAGAAGAAGAGACUGAUGACAAAAGUGGAGAGUACACAGUUAAAUCAUGUCCACCAGCUGUUCGCUCAUCAUUCCUUGAUAAUGGUCUUGUCCAAGUUGAGAUCUUUAUCCCAGGUUUAGAGCCAGGUUUAGAGAAACACCAACCUAAAGGAGGCAGAAUUUCCUUUGAUUUUUAUAACAAGGGUUAUGGGUUUGAUAUGAGAGCAGAAUUUGUGGACAAAGUGAAGAAAGUAAAAACAGUACACCAUUUCUAUGUUAAAAAGCUUCCUGGCAGAGUGGAUACAGCUGAAUCAAAAUGGGAUGUAGUGAAAGGAAAAAUAAUCAUCACCAUGGAGAAGCACCCAGCGGAUAGAAAUAUUGACUGGAAGUCAGCGUGCCAAUUACGAGGUCUUGACCAGUUGAGCAGCAGCAGUAGUAGCGAUGAUGACUAG